CAACACAAGCAGCACGCCGGAGUCCAAACGUGGAGCAGUUUGAAAUGUUCUCCUGUUUGAAAGACAAAGUUGGAACGGUUCUCUUACCGGGAGAUGAGUUCUCUUUCGAUACCGGCGACACCAUCUCUUUGACGGACGCCGUGAAGGCGGACAAGGUUGUGUGCGGUCCUGGUUUGAGGCGCAGCGGGGACCGGCUGCUGGUGAGCAAGAGCGGAGUCCUGCGGCACAAACAGCCGAACAUGUUCUGGAUGGACUCCCAGCAAAAGAGGUACGUUCCCGCCAAGGGAGAGACGGUAAUCGGCGUCGUGACGGCCAAGUCAGGCGACGUCUUCAAGAUAGACGUGGGAGGAAGUGAGCAGGCAUCUUUGUCCUACUUGGCCUUUGAGGGCGCCACUAAGAGGAACCGCCCCAACGUGCAGGUGGGUGACCUGGUGUUUGGACAAUUCAUCGUAGCCAAUAAGGACAUGGAGGCGGAGCUGGUGUGUGUGGACAGUUCAGGGCGAGCCAAUGGGAUGGGAGUGUUUGGUGGAGGCGGUCUUCUCUUCAGGGUGUCGCUGGGUCUGGUCCGGAGGCUGCUGGCCCCCCAAAGUGACCUCCGGGAGGAUCUGGAGCAGCUCUUUCCCUGCGAGCUGGUCGUCGGCAUGAACGGCCGUUUGUGGGUCAAGUCGUCGAGCAUUCAGCGGACGCUCGUCAUCGCCAACCUGCUGGAGAGCUGCGAGAACAUGACGCCGCCGCAGAGAUCCCAGCUGUUCAGGAGGGUGGCACAAGGGGCGUUGUAGGGUCUCUUGUCACACAUCAGAAGGGGAUAGAAAGACUUUGGUCACUGUGGUGGCUGCUUGCAGAUGUAAGGCCCGCCCCUUCACAUCAAAGAGCGGGAGUAAUAUCGAUUGAUUAGCUGCUCAGGUGCUAAAGCAUCAUGAUCUCAAUGAGAAGAAUAGUCUACUGGUCAGUGUUGAUUAAACAAUUGAUCAUCCAAACAUUCACAAAUAUUCAUUAAACAUUUA